AUGGAGAAGAAUUUACAGGAAAGCAGUGAACCUCGACUGAUACCGACCAACUUUGAACAAAGUCGUAUAGAAGCUGCAGUGGAAACCCCGAAGCGAACAUGGAGCCAGGCACUCUAUCAGUCGCUCAAGGAGCCUGGAUCAGCCCUUCAGAUCGUGAUCGCUGCAGCCAUCGCCAUCGGCAUAGGAAUGGCAGUCACAGCCAACGUCCAAGACAUUCCUGACGCGGCUCCUAUUAUCCUUGAGGUUCCUGGAUCUCUUUGGUUGCGGGCAUUGAGAGCCACAGUCCUGCCCUUGAUCAUAACGGCGAUUAUUCUAGCCGUUCAGAAUUUGAAAACCAUGGCGAAAGACGGAGCCAAGCUCGCCCGUUGGACCGUUGUUUACUAUGUCCUCACGACUUGCCUGGCUAUCGUUCACAGCAUGAUACUCGUCGACUUGGUGUGGAGACGCCUCAUGGUCGAAGCCAGUGGUGACAGCUUGGUCGUGGACGAAGAUGAUCAAGAGAUGAUUGAGGAAAGGGAAGAUGUUCAACCUCAUGACAUUGUCGUCCAGGUUUUUGAGUCAUUUAUUCCCUCAAAUGUUUUCGAAGCCCUCGCCGAAGACAGCCUCCUUGCCGUAUUGAUCUCAGCUCUUGUUGUGGGCUGUCUGAUCAAAGGUCCAGACUCGUCUCUCCUCCGAGCCAUCAGAGAAGUCGACAAAAUUGUCGGUACCAUAAUCAUUUUCCUCAUCAAACUAGCCCCGAUCGGCGUCUUCUUCCUAAUCCUGUCAAAUCUGAUGACCCUCGAUAUCGAAGACAUUGGCAGAAAUCUGGGUGUUUUAAUUGGAGCAUCGAUUGCUGGGAUGUUUAUCCAUCUAUUUAUUAUGCUUCCUAUCAUCUUCUUCGCAUUCAUGAGAACGAAUCCCUACACCUAUUGGGUCAAGUGUUCACCCGCUUGGAUUACGGCUUGGGGUACAGCUUCAUCGGCCGCAACUCUCCCGGUGACAAUUCGGACGCUGAUGGCGCGCGGAGUUCCUCAGACCGUUACGAAAUUUACUGCUCCUCUUGGUGCUUUGAUUAACAUGGACGGAACUGCUAUCUACUUCCCUGUCGUUGUCGUUUUCCUUGCCACCACUCAAGGAAUCAGCCUGUCACCAGGAGACUAUGUCAUUAUCGUUCUCCUCUCGACUUUGUCAUCCAUUGCAACAACGCCCAUUCCGAGCUCUUCGCUCGUGCUCACGGUGAUGAUUGCGGGAGCAGUGAAUGUUCCCAUAACCGGCAUGUACGCGGUGGUCGUUGCCAUUGACUGGUUCAUCGACCGUUUCCGAACGGCGACCAAUGUCAGCGGUGAUCUUUUUGCUGCCCAAAUCAUGGCAAAGGUGACAGGAAUUCAGGAUACAGCGGCGGCCGAUAUUGCUGAAGACGAGAAGGAAAACACGGGAGUAUCCGAGCCUCUUACCUCAAGCAGAGUAUAA